CAGCACCAAAUGCAGCACAUGGAGGGGUGGGACGUGGCAGCCGGGAGCCCCCCAUUUCAUAGGGCUGACUCCUCUUUGGCCCUCAGGACAGCCCCAGCGUAGCCUGUGUGUGCUGUGCAGGGAAGGCUGCGUUGCAGCCAGGGCUGCAGGAUGUGGCCCCAAAGCUGUCACCCACUGAGAUGGACUCCCUCUGCUCUGUGCUUUCAGUCAAGUUCCAGUGGUCCCGGCAGUGUCCUCUGCCAAAAAGAUGGCUGUGCCUGGCAAAACCCACGGCGAAGGCAGUACCAAAAGCACGGCACCACCGGUGGGUCCAGCACAGGCAAUCAAAGCCCACAGGUGCAAAGAAGAACAAGGUGCGGUGAAGCUGGCGCUGAGCAGCCAAGGUCAGCACAAAGUCACAGCCAAAGGAGAAGCACCAGAGCCAGGUCACACUCAUGGCGUGGAAGCUCAGAGGUGCAAAGAAGAAAGAGGAGCAGUGAAGCUGGCGCUGAUCAGCCAGUUUCAGGGCAAACACACAGCCAAAGCUCCAGCACAAGGCUCGGGUCGAGCUCAGGCAGUGGAACCUCAGUGGCUCAGAAAACAAGGAGCAGUGAAGCCGGCGCUGACCACCAGCCAGUUUCAGGGCAAACUCACUGCCAAAGGAAAAGCAUCAGAAAUGCGUCCAGCACAGCCAAUAAAAGCUCAGAGGGGUAAAGAAGAAGAAAGAGGAGCGGCGAAGCCGGCACUGGCAAGCCAGUUCCUGGGCAAAUACACAGCCAAAGCUUCAGCACCAGAGGCAGGUCGAGCCCAGGCAGUGGAAUCUGAGAGCCACAGAGGAGGAGGACGAGCAGGAGAGAAAAUCUUCUGUGAUGGCAGAGUGCUGGAGGCAAACAAAGAGCUGAGUGGCCCUCAUGGAGCGCAGCCUCCAAUGAUAAUACCUACAAUAGUGAUUGAAUCACCAUCAAGCUCUGAGCACAGUCUGCCCGAGGAGCCCAUCUAUGACACCUCCCUUUUGAUGCCACCACCACGCAUCCACAAGCGCCGACGAUCCCGAGAGAGGGCACAAAAGAGAAAACUGCUGGACUCUGGGAAUACAAGGAAGACUAUCAGAGCAGACGCUGUGGAGCACGAGAAACAGCAUGUGAAAGUAAGGCUGAGAACCAAGGAUGUCUCCAGAAGAAGAGAAAAGCAAAAGGAACAGCUCGCGGCUCUGACUGGAUAAGCGCCUGCAUGCAUGCUUAGGGAGUGCUUGUGGAAUACUUGGUUGACGUGUAAAGGCGGGUGGGAAAGCUGUAAAGGUGGAUGGGAAAGCUAAAAAAAGGAAACUGGUGAACGUGUAUAAGUGAU